GUCCAUCUCUUUGCCCUGCCAACCCCAGCCCGGCUCAUGCUCUGCCGACCACAGCCCGGCUCCUUGCUCAAAAAUUGCUGUUUGUUAGUUGGUCGUUGUCGUUCAUGGUAUGUUGUUCCUGUAUCUUGUUAAAGUCUAGUUCAAGUUAAUCUGUCUUUGUUUCUUGUUUGUUUGUUUGCUAUUCUGUUACUUUGUUACUUUGUAUUUUUGUAUUUUUUGUCACUUCUCUGCACUCUGUGUUUUGUUCCUGUUUUGAUCACUCUAACGUGACAUCUGCGACAGAGAAACUAUGUGUUUUGGGAAACACUCGUCACUACAUCGUUCUUUUCCAGAACGAUGCAUCAUACUAUGAUAGUUCAGCCGUGAGUUACGUCGGUGUUUGGGAAACGCACCCCUGAUUGAUAGUUAUUCAGGCAUCUUUACACAGCAGAGCUCACAGAAAAUAAACCUGAACUGGCAUAAACUUUUGAAAUUUAUCAUUUACUCCAAUAACACAGUUUAAUGCAACACAGAGCCUGCUUUAGUGCCGCUUAAAGUUGCAGUUAGUUAAACUGUGCAGUACUUUUCUUCCUUUUCAGACUUGGAGCAAGAUGUUGGUUUUGUUUUUCUGUCUGCUCUCUCUGACAUUAGCGGCUACCGAAGUGGGUCUCGGUGGUAAAACUCUUUUUUUCCCGACCAAUACUGACUCCAGUUAUGUUCAAAUCGAUCCUGAUAAACCCCUGAGUCUGUCAGCGUUUACUCUCUGCAUGCGUGUCAGGCUGGAGCUGCUGGUCGAUAGGGUGGUCAUCCUGUUCGCCUACCGCACAUCUGAAGUUGAUGAACUUAACGUGUGGAGAGAGAAAGAUGGCCGUGUGGGUUUGGUUAUUCAGUCUGAUAAGGAUGCAGCAAUGGUUCACCUGUCUCCACGCUCCACAUUUCAGACUCACCUGUGCAUCACCUGGGAUUCUGCAACUGGUCUUACUGGUUUUUGGGAGGACGGACGUCGCAGUGUGUACCAAAUGUACAGGAAAGGUUACUCCAUUCGUCCUGGCGGCACCGUCCUGCUCGGACAAGACCCGGAUUCAUUUGUAGGUUCCUUUGAUGCAGCUCAGAGCUUUGUGGGAGAAAUAACAGAUGUGCAAAUGUGGGACUAUGUUCUGCCCAGCACUCAGAUUAAAGCGGUGUACUCAAACCAGGAUGAUCGUGUGAAGGGAAAUGUGUUUGAUUGGAACACCAUCAAAUAUGAUGUUACUGGAAAUGUGCUUGUGGUUCCAGAUAACUGACUGGAUCAGCUGUAAUGUUUACCCAAGAUUAACCAAACAAUAAAACAAUUCUGAAAACUACA